AUGAAUACCCUGUAUGGCUGCAGCGUAAGCCCCUCGGACCUUGCAGCUCGGCCGCAGUCGCUCAAGGCGACCAGGAGGCACUUGCACCCAGCUCAGCGGCUUCCGGGCCCGCAGGCCCAGCGCCCCGGGGGCGCGGCACCCCCACGGCAGGCACAGGGCAAGCCAGCGUGCCGCCGGCACCGCCCGCUGCCAAGGGCCAACGCUGGCAAAGGGCGGCCGCCGGGCCGCUCUGAAGGAAGUGGGGGCCGCAGGAGCCCACCGCUGCCCAGCCCGGGAGGCCUCACGCCCCCUCACGAAGGGGGAAGCCUCGCCGCCUCCCCACCCCCGCCUACCGGCUCCGCUCGCCCGGCGCGGGCGGCCCAGCCGCGACCAGCGGACACACCAACGGCGCAGGAAGACAAGAAAGAUGACAUCUCUGACCCAAUGGAGAUUGCUCAAAAGGAAAAUUGGUUACAAAUACAGCACGAACUAAGUUUGAGGAAACUAACAGAGGGCUCAGAGUAUCAAGAGGAACUGAAGUACGACUUCAAUGUAAAAGGGGAACUGAGGCAUCUGGAUACAAAUUAGUCCUUUGUUUUCAAUUAUUGCAAGAGUGCGCAUGAGCAGAAUCAUAAACGCUAUCAAGUUUUGGGACAUUUGAUUACCCAAUAUGUUUAUGAGCUCCUGGAAAGAGUCUGCAUGCUGCAGAAAGUUUGCAUUGCUACUGAUGCUACAGAGGAUGAACUAAGAAGUUUCUUCUUCAUGAGCAAGAAUGCACUAACAAGUUCCUCUAGCCUAAUAGUCCUCCUUCAAGACCGUGGAGUUUUCCGUGCUGGACAGUGGGGGCAAAGGAUAAUUGUCAGUGAGGGCCUGAGGCAUGGAACACAAAUACCAUUCAUCAAAAUGGCCCUUCAGAACCACAGGGAAGUGAUAUUACUGAAUCCCAAUGACAACCUCGCUGAUUCGAAGACUGAAAAGGAAGAGACUGAAGCACUGACUUCUACACAGUCCCUCUGGUGGAUCCCCAAGAGGGGCAGCAGCAGCCCUGAGGAGCAUACCAUGUAUGUAUGGGAUCAUCUAAUUUCAAAGAGCGCAGCCAAGAACGUGGCCCUCAUUGCCCAUGGCUAUGGUGGCUUGGUGUUUGUUGAUCUGCUGGUGCAGAGAAAACAGGAGGUAAUGAAUAAAGUGUGCUCUGUGGCAUUCAUCGGCUCCGUGCACCACAUACAGCACCAGAGUAGGAGGGAUCCACAAAUAGAAGAGUGGAUACGGAAACACUGCCAUGAAUGGGUGUCAAACAGUAAGCCUCUAGACAAACCUCUAGGUUCUCUCAUCAAAGUGAAUUGUCCUGUUGUGUCUGCUGGAACAAACAAGUAUGGUUUAGCACCCUCCUGCUGCUUACAUGCCAUCUUUAAGUACCUGAAGAGCGAGCUGAAAGCCAAGAUCACAACAGCCCUUAGGUUCACCUGUUGCAACCAGAAGCAGCACAAGUAAGGAGAGAGGCAAUAAAAAAAGGUAUACUGAUUAUUUUUUUUCUCAAUAGUGGCCUUUUCCUUUCAUAACUGCCUCUGCACCAUUCAGUCAUCUAAGGACCUUCAUCUCACGGUGGAGCAACUUAGGAGUUCUAAGUUUGAAGCUAGAUUGCUUUUGAGAAACACAGGAAUGCAAGUUAAAUAUUAGAAGUGCAUUGUGGAAAGCUUUAAGCCACAACCCUUUGGCUCUCUGUGAAAUUUAAAAGUUGUGCAAAAUAAAGAUGUUAAGGUAUAGCGGCUCUCGUCUGUUAUCAUUUUUUCAAAAUAAACAUUCUGCAGUUAUGGCUCAAUAAUCAGACUAAACAGACUAAACUAUCAGGAAAGCACUAACUUAAGUGCAUAGCUUUCAUUAAAAGGACAAAUCCAGAAUACAAAGAGCAUGUAAAGGAUCUAUUUCCUCCUCACUAUAUACCAUAAAGUGUAUAAAAACUUUCAAGAGCUGUAAUAUCCACCUUCCUCCUUGAAACAUCUACUGUUGAGUUGAACAAUACUUCAGGGAACUACAUACCACUACCCUCCCUCCAGUCAGAGACAGUAUGCCCCAUGAUACAGCGAGCU